AUGGGUGGUGGUGUGACUCCAGUCAAGAGUCUUUGCCCUGGGAAGAGUUUUUUGAAAAUUAGGACUAGGGUUAUGCGGAUGUGGGAAGCAUGCCCUGUGAACGAUCCCUUGAGUCCCUAUGCCUUGCAUAUAGUUCUAAUUGAUGCUGAGGAUCUGCUGAAUCAUUUUUCUGUUGAGAAUGGCAUCCAUGAACUUGGACUAGGUUUGUACCGGUAUAGGCUAGGAGAUGUGGUAAAGGUUAUGGGGUUCCAUAACUCGACUCCGGAACUCAAAUUUGUUCGCCGGAGCAGUCUUCUGUUGAACAUCAACAUUGACAAGAACACUGAAAAGGAUUUGCAGCUAGCUGUGGAAGCCACUGCCAAAUUUUUAGCAGAGGAGAAAGUGGAAUUGUUGACUUCACUAGCCAUCUACACAAGUUCUCGCAAAGUUAACUGCAUUGGGCCCCUUGAACUCCGAGUUGUUAGGAGAGGAACAUUCCAGAAGGUUCUUGAUCAUUACCUUGGAUUAGGAACCGCUGUUAGUCAGUAUAAGACACCAAGAUGUGUUGGUUCUUCAAACAGCAAAGCGUUGCAAAUCUUGUGUCACAAUGUUGUUAAGAACUAUCUCAGUACUGCUUUCAAUUGA